AUGAUGGUAAACUUGGCCAGCCCUGUUUCAGAUGAUCUACCCAUUCGUGCACGAACUAACGUACAUGACAAUAUCGGCCUUCGGGAUGGACGCGUGCCACAGCGCCGUGCUGGGCAACGUCCAGAACCCGGCCUACGUGUCUGGGAUGCUGGAGGAGUACCUGAAGCCCUUCAGUUUAAAGAACCGCUUCCUGAACCUGUUACAGCACAUCCUCAUACCCCUUUACUAGAGGCACUGGUGCCCUGUGUCUCAGAUCCAACAGGAGAUCUCGGUCAUCUUCCCGGACCUUCCGCCGCUGCUGGACAUCGAGCGCAACCAGAGCCUGACGCUGAUCAACUCGCACUUCUCGAUGGACGUGGCUGUUCCUCUGCUGCCGUCGCAGGUGGCGGUGGGCGCCGUCCACUGCCGCCCCCGCCAAGCCUCUUCCUAAGGUGGGUUGGUGUUCAUCGCAAGAUGGGCUCAGCUUGUUCCUACAGACGAAAAUAUUUUAAAAUAUAUUAUAGAGUUCAUUUUGUUUUCUAUAAUCAGGCUUCUCUCCUUGCCCGGGCCAAGUGAUCACUUUGUACCCCGCCCUUCAGCACCGAGGCCCAUCUGCUGCUUCUCCUUCCAGUACUUGCAACCAGUGAAAAAAGAGGUUAAAAAAGAUGCUUAACAAAAUCCCUCUUCACAUUUUUUUCUCUACGCUUUUCUAUCUCUUGUCCUGUUCCCCUGACGUACUAUAGACUACAUAGACUACUUUACAUCCUCACAUAUGAUCUACUGUUCUUUACUACUGCCAAAAUGACCACUACUCCAUGUUCACUCAGCAUCGUAAUGGCUCGAGAGUACGUACUGGUGCACACGCACACACACCUGUCAAGUCUUGGUUACAAUGCUGAAACGUCUGAAUCCUUAGGCCCUAGAAACCUGGAUCUCCGGCGCAGGACCAGAGGGCGUCGCGAGGCUGAAGCAGAGAGUCAUUUGGAAGUACGAGGAAGAGCUGGAGGGUAUCUCGGACAACGUGCUGAUUCAGAAGUGGCUUCCGCAGCAGGGAAUGCAGGAAAAAUCCAGAAGCACGGUUAUGGUAUUGUCCUAACAUGGGGGGAACUUUCGGUCGAUCUCAUCGUUUAUUCCAUUCUGGAAGUUAUGAGCAACCCGAAGUAAGAGAAAUUGUGUUAUCUUAUGGUAGGGAAGGCAGUGUAGUCUAUUUGCAAAUAGGGUGUCAGGUUUCUAUUCGACAAUGUAGAGCAUGCACUGCCCUGUCGCACACAAGGCAGUCAUAAGUGACUUCCUGAUUCUUGUUCAGGUACAAAAGGAACGCCGAAGAGGUGAUGAGCGUGGUGCGGGACCAGCCGGAGACGCCGAGGGAGCGCGCCGUGUUUUGGACCGAGUACGUGGUCCGCCACCAGGGAGCUCGACGUCCUGCUGGUGAUCCACGUCGCCGUGUACGUCGCCUUCUGCGUUCUGUCGCGGAUUAUAAGAGCGGUUGUAAGGGCGCUAAAAGGGAAGCUCUUUGCGCGCACUGGGAAGAAAAAGAGGGAGUGAGAGUUGUCAAUAAUACAUUAGGGUGGUUAAGAAUA